AUGCCUCCUGCCAUCCAAUUCCUCCUCUUGCUUCCACUUCCGCACCUCCUUUCCGCUUCUCCACUUGUUCCCCGUUAUCCAUUCAUGCGCACUGUCGCCCCCCCCUCGCCGCCGCUCCUCCCCCGCGCGUCGGCCCUCCCCCCCUCGCCGCUCGCCCCCGGCUCGUCGCUCCAGCCCAGGCCCAAUGCGCCGCCGCUCCCGCUCCCGCACACGCUCGCGCUCCCCGCCCUCUCGACGCCAGCGCCUGCCACCACCACCACCCACCCGCAGAUGCUUUUGUUUGAGCUCAUCCCAUCCCUCUCCUCACUCCCCAUCCACUCUCCCGCUCUCUCGUCUGCUCACUCCCUGUCCCUCCCCUCAUCUUCUCCCUCCAGCCUAGCAUUUCACUCAUUCCUGUCCUUGUGCCUUACGCUCCUCUAUCCUCAAUCGCGUGACUCCCUCCGUGUCUUUGUGUCCCCCGUGCAGGCCGGAUCGCUCCCCUCCGCCCAAGAGGGCGCGGUCAGAGUCGCCCUCGUCCUCCUCCGCCACUUCCUCGUCCGACGGCGACCGGCGCCGGAGGUCGCCUCCUCGCAAGCGGGCAGCCAAGAGCAGCCCCAGCAGGUGAGCCGUGAGAGCUCUGGAGUGCAGCUGAAUAACGGAGGAGAAGCGAGAAUGAGUGGGGGAGAGGAAGAGAGGGAGUGA